GCCGCAUCGUCGUUGUUAUACGGUCUUCUGUGGCGGAUUGUUCUCGAUAGUUAUUUCGCUUAAAGAAGUGUGCAUGCCCGAGCCUUCAAUCCUGCAACCUCACCCAUGGCUUCAGACGCGGCGACGCCCGCAGGCUACGCACAGUGGUCAUCCUGGAUCGCUUCGGACCAUGAUGACGAAGGCCUAGUCUUUCGUAGGUUCGACAACCUCGCAGCCGUCAACCUCCUAUAUCUUCAGAGCGAGAUGAUGGAGAUCGAGAAGCGUCUGGCCGCGAUGGACCGAGAGUCUACCAGGAGCCUGAAUCCGGACGCAAUAGCAGAGACGUUCAGUCUGGAGGCCUUGGUAGCGCAUUGCCAGCCGAAUCACCCGCGACGGCCAGACGCGAAGGAGAGAAUGGACCUCAUACUUGAACUAAGGCUUAAGAUUAAAGAAUACCAUGAAGCUCUCCUCCUGCGAAGUCGCCUGGCGCAGCUACGACGCCCAAACGCCAGAGUGGUCGGGACCCUGAGUGAUAUGAUGCGACAGGGCGGAAUCUACAAGAUUCAGGGUAAGGCGAGACAGUAUCUGGAAGCCGAAAACGAUCUCGUGGCCCUGGGUCCUGCAAGCCACGAAGACUAUCUCUCGCAGUUCCUGAGGAAACGGCUGGCGCGUGCCGUAUGCUACCUACCACACGAUCCCACCCCCCUGUUCUUGCUUUCUUGUUGCGAACUGGCCUGACCCCUUAUCCCAGGAGUCAGACUUGGACCCUGAAAAGCCGCGGAUAGCACGCUUUGAAGAGGCCAUGGUCACCACGAUCCUAAACGUAAUCACCAUCGCUGUGGCCACUACCUUUCUCGUCGGACCGAUCGUUAUACUGUAUCUGGUGCAGACGCCUUGGGUCAAGCUCCUGUUGGUGACCUUGUUCACUCUCGCAUUCGCCGCAAGCGUUGCCGUCAUCACGAAGGCGAGGAGGCCGGAGAUAUUCGUCGGCACAGCGACGUACGCCGCUGUUCUUGUAGUUUUCAUUAGCACCGGGAGUCUGUCUGGCGUUUAGGGUGUAUUUGCAGUCUUGGCCGUCGGGCAUGCAGACCACAACGUGACCCAAGCGGAUGGAUGUCGUGCUUGUCGCUGGGCACGCCUCACCCGAUGCCGACGAGAGAUCGCCGCUUGAUGGAAGGGAAACGAGCGGUCCAUAUGUAUUCGUAGCGACGGGGGCGGCGACAUCCUUUCCUUGGGUGCCGGGAAGGCACGCGAGAGCGAUGUUGUGGCCACUCAUCUCGCCGAGGAUGUACAUGUUCGAGUCGCCUUGCCUGGGG